AUGAUUAAACAAAUUCUCUUGGGUGGCUUGGUGGCCGUUUUGGGAGCGAUUCUCUGCAAUGUUCUCUGGUUUCUUGACUUGAACAAACGCGUCUACAAUCACAAACCGGGAAAAUGCCGUUUGGUGGAUGGACCGCUUGACGGAUCCGAGGACAUAGAAUACAUCGAAUCUGAGGGUUUGGCUUUCAUCACAAGCGGGAUUUUCUAUAUGCAUCCAAGACCGGGCGUUGAGGGAAAGAUCUUCUUGUAUGAUUUCAAGAAUCCAGCCGCGAAAUAUCAAACAAAGGAGUUGAAGAUUAUUGGAAAACCGGGAAAUUUCCAAGCUCACGGCAUCACGUCAUGGGUGGAUGAGAAAGGAGAGAUUCGUCUAUAUGUCGUAUCUCAUCAUUCACCACAAUUUACUCAUUCGAUUGAGGCAUUUGAUUUCAACAAAAAGGAUCAAACGCUGAAACACGUGAAAACUUUCACUCAUCAAAAUUUCAUUCGACCAAACGAUUUGCACGCUGUUGGAAAGGAUAAAUUCGUUUUCACAAAUGAUGGAACGGCACAGACUGGUGGAAUGAAUGCUCUUGAGAUGUUCAUGGGGUUGAAAGCGGGCAGUGUUGGUUAUUUUGAUGGAAAGGAUGCUCAUUGGUUAGUUGAAGCGGAUCGAUCGCCGAAUGGAAUCUGGGUUGAUCGAAAGAGAAAUACUCUCUUCUAUGCCUCGCCAAAUGGGGAAUUCAUUCGAGUGAUGAAAUUGAGUGAUGAUUUCAAAUCGGUCACCCCAAUCACUCAAGUUGAUCUUCUCACCUCGCCCGAUAAUCUCUACAUGGACAAAAAUGGUGAUCUCUGGACAGCCGGUCAUCCAGUGAUGAGUAAGUUGACGAAUUUGGACGCGUGUAGUCAUCGACCAGCUCCAGGAACGGAAAGAGGUCCAUCGCAGGUUUUGCGUAUCAGCUUCUCGAAGGAUUAUCAAACACACGAGGUGACCGAACCUUACACAGAUGAUGGCCGGGAGUUGUGCUGCUCAUCGGUGGCUGUUCACGAUUCAAAGGGGAAUAUGCUUAUUGGAUCGGUUGCUGCCGAAUUGCUCCAUUGUGAGUACAUGGUGGAGACGAUU